AUGAAACCGCGUCUUCGAAGUAAGGUCUGGUGGCCGGGAAUUGACAGACAAGCCGAGAAAGUUUGUCGAGAAUGUUUUGGGUGUCAACUAACAUCGAACCCAACCAAACAUGAACCUAUGGCACGCAUUGAACUUCCGAAUGCACUAUGGGAACACCUUGUGUGUGAUUUGUUAGGACCUUUACCUUCUGGGGACUACAUAUUUGUUGUU